AAAACUUUACUUAGCAGAGCGGGUUUUAGUGAAGUUUCGCCGAGGACGACGACCGAGAGGAAGACGACUUUCUCUGAUCGAACAACGAAAACGCUUGUUCAUGGAUCCUCUCAUCCGUUACAUUAAGAGUUUCACCGGCGCUGAUGAACCCGGGCCAUCGUGUCGAAGUGAGAAUCUGGCCGAGGAGAUGGGAAUUCAGGAGAAGGUGAAGAGUUUACUGGACUCUUUGACUCGGUGGAACUUCGGGAGAGUUAAGGAUCAGCUUGUUCAGGCUAUAAGUGGAGCCAUGUCCCCGUCUGUUUUACAGUUUCUAGUUACUUGUAUUUUCGACAUGGCUAUAGAGGACGAUGCCUUUGGCUUAUUUGGUCGUUUAUGCGCUGAGCUUAGCUCCGAGCUUCCCCCCAUCCCAUCUCAUGAGGCACUUGGGAGAGACAUCAGUUUCAAGAGGAUACUCUUGAACAAGUGCCAAAUGGAGUUUGAAACCUCGACGGACAGUUUCAAGUUCGUGGGGGCUGUUCGGUUUGUUGCAGAACUUUUCAAGUCGAGGCUCGUUACUGAAAAAAUUUGUCACCGUAUCAUUCAGGAGCUUAUCUCCUGUCCUGACGGGAGGAAUCUCCAAGCAUUAUGUUGUUUUCUGAGUUCCAUCGGGAAACAAGUUGACAGCAGCCCGAAAUCCCGACGGAUAUUGGACAUAUAUUUCGUCAAGCUGGAGGAAAUCGUGCAAAGUACAGAAUUAACACCGUGUUCGAGAGACAUGAUCAUUGGCCUUCAGUGUCUCCGUGCCAACAACUGGGUAGGAAAAGACAGAGGAGCAGAGAAGAAGCAGGAGAUAUCUUAUGGUUCGACUUCGACGGCUAGCAAUGGCAGUUCUGAAACAGACUCCUCAGAAGAUUUGGGCAGUUUACUUGAUAAGAUCCUCAAGGAGAUUAGGACAUUAAAACUGGAUGUACGUAGAGACCAUCUCUUGCGAGUCGAAGCUGAGAAAAAGGCUGACAUGCUGGAGAGGAAGUACCAAAACGAGACGAGGCUUAGGAAAAAAAACCAAGGCAUGAUUGCUCGAGAAAGGGCAAAGAUGAGGCUCGUGCUUGAAACGUUCCGAAAAGAGCGAGACGAUGCCCUCGAAAUAACCCAACAUCUUCUGGCAGGAGAGACAGAUGCACGCCAAACUCCUCCAUCGUUCUUCUGCCCCAUCACACAGGAGGUGAUGAAGGAUCCACAGGUAGCUGCGGAUGGAUUUACAUACGAAGCUGAAGCCAUUAGGAAGUGGAUAGACAGCGGCCACGACACAUCUCCCAUCACAAAUCUCAAGCUCUCCCAUCUUGCUCUUCUCCCAAACCAUGCUCUUCGCUCUGUCAUUCGGGAGGAAUGGCACAAGUGAGCAAACCCUGAAUAUUCCCCCCCCCCUGCUUCACUGUGGAGCAUAUCUUAUUUUGAAAACCAUGCAUGUAUCUGAUCCACUUUUGGAAGGUUCCAACUAAAUUACAUGACCAGUAAAUCUCACUCCCAUGCGGCUGCACACAUACAUAUGGAAGAAUACGUUUUCUUUGUCGCAAAUCACACUGUGACUGAUUAAGGUAUUCAUGUCUCA